AUGAAUCAUAUUUCUGUUGAUAUUGCAGAGCAGCUCCUGGCAGAUGAACCCAAUGAUGUCCAGCUGAAUAUGCCUCACUUGGAUCUCCCCGGUCCCCAGGUACCUCAGCCAGUCGAAAAUGGGAGUGAUGAAGAUGAAAGCUCGGCGGACGAUGCGGGGUCUUCGGCGUCGUCCGAAGUUCCUCUUCAAGGGGAGCCUUUGGAAGUGCGAGUGCGACAGCCGGUGUUACAUUCAUACUUGAUGCAGAACCCCAACCAAGUUCAACAUCGUCGCAGUUUGUCCAACGUGAUUUUGUAUGAACAACGCUUCCCCGGCGGCAUAGCCAUGUCAUACUUCCCGCAACACAUAAUGGUAGGGCACCUGCAGACUGUCCAGUCCUUCGAAAUGGCCAUCAUAUAUGCCUUUUCUGUCCCCAUUUUGCACCCGGUGCUUCCUGUAAGGAAAUGCAUGGGAAUUCCGCACCGAUGGUACCUCGCGUGGGAUCUGCUGAAAAGACACCUUAUGGCCAUCAAGCAACUUAUCACUGAAGUGAGUAGGGUCAUUGCCCUUACAGAAAGGACCUCUCCGUACCAUGGAGAAUUCCGAAUGAUGUACAUCAAGAUGAAGGAGCAUGUCGAAGAGCAAUGCGCAAUUCUUUGGGCUGGAUAUGCUCGGUUUCGGCUAGACCAGGUAAGGCAAUGGGAGGCGGCGAUGCUGUUCCCGCAGCGUGUACACGUCCCCGGAGUCUCCACUGGUGAACAAACUGAAGGUGUGGUCGCGAAUGGUACGUGGUAUCCACUGGCACACGGGGAUUUGCCUGUCGUGGAAUACAACGCUGGGGUUAUGAGUGGCACCUGGGUCAAUGGCACCUGGUAUCCUAAUCAACAGGGCCCCCAAGAUACAGAAACUUUGAAUGAAGAACAAACCGACGCAGCUGUCAUCCAUCCUAUUCCCUGUGCGGCACCGUCUGUCAAAUCUUCCGAGAGUGAUUGGUCGGUGGAGAUGGAGCCUAGCUUCUUCGAGAAGAGAGCAUCUGACCAGCAGCAGCAACGCAACUCCAACUCCCUCGAGAAUGGUCAAAGUAGUGAAUCCGGAGAUGUUCCUUCUGGUGUUCAGCAAGAUCGUGAUGAACCCAGAUUGAGCCAAUGUGAUGGUGCGGAUGACCGUGCUGGUGAGAAGAAGCUUUUGUCGGAGGGGUCGACUAAAGAUCAAACUGAACGCCACCUCGAAGUUUCCGUUGUCGGUUGGAAUGAGGCCACCUCAGCUUAUCGCCAGAGCGAACGCAGCAAACCAGGUCACCGGAUGAGUGCUUACAAGCGUCAAUGGAUCCCCAACAAACAAGUCACGGUAGAGCUGAGUACCACUAAUGCCCAUGGUGAGAUUGUUCAGGCCGGUCCUUCACAGUACAAUGAAGAGGAAUGA